GGAAGGAAGGAAGGAAGGAGGCGGAGGAGAAGGAGAGGAGAGCCUCCCCAGCCCCGUCCCGGGACAGGAGAAGUAAGCAAGCAAGGAGGGAGGGAUAGAGCCGCCUCCGCCGUCGGAAAGAGGCCGAAGGAGAAAGAAGGAGGAGGAGUUGGAGUUGGAGUUGUCCUUCCUUCCUUCCUUCUUUUCGGAGAGAUUGCAUGGCUUGAGACUCAUGGGCAGGAAUCCCGGUCCAUACACUCCCAGUGCUGCUGAGCUGUAGUUUGGCAUCCCCACGGACUGGGCUGUUCCCUGUGCUGAGAAGGAAGCUCCACCAAAGGACUCUGGAGUGUGGACAGAGGUUAGAAGAGGACCAAGUUCUGUUGUACUCAGACUCCUUGUGUGGAGGCCAGCAUGCAGGGCUUGGUCAUGGAAUGCUUUGGUUCAUAGUGAGCGUAGGAAGGAAACACCUCCAAGACACCUUGCCUUGAGACAGAGACUGUGAACCCACGCUUCAAGAGUUGGGACACCAAUGGCCACGCCAUGCACUCCGCACAUGCUCAGAAGCUCCCUCAAUGCCAGUUAUGACGACCACCUCCUCCUCCUGGGGCUUAGUCAUGGAAAGAUUGGAUUCAUGGUGACCUUACACAGGAGAGACCUCCAAGAUGUCCUUCCUUGAGACAGAGACAGAAACUGCUUCGCUUCAAGAGUUGGGGCGCCAAUGGCCAAUGCUCAGAGCCCCCCUCAAUGCCAGCCAUGACCACCUCCUCCUCCUGGGGCUUUGUCAUGGAAAGAUUGGAUUCAUGGUGACCUUACACAGGAGAGACCUCCAAGACAUCCUUCCUGUUCGCAACAGCCCUUGAGAGACAGAGACUGUGAACCCCAUGUGUCAAGAGUUGGGGCGCUAUGCACUCUGCGCAUCCUCAGAGGCCUCCUCAAUGCCAGCCAUGACCUCCUCCUCCUCCUCCUGGGGCUUAGUCAUGGAACAAUUGGAUUCAUGGUGAUCUUAUGCAGGAGAGAUCUCCAAGACAUCCUUCCUGUUUGCAACAGCCCUUGAGAGACAGAGAUUGCGAACCCCACGUGUCAAGAGUCGGGGCGCCAUGCACUCUGCGCAUGCACAGAGGCCCCCUCGAUGUUAGCCAUGACCACGGUCUCCUCCUCUUACCGCCUCAAUGAGUGGGUCUUCUGGCCCUUGGCGCUGCUGUGCCUCUGGCAGGUCUGGAGGAGCCGUACAAUUGUCGUUGGAGGAGGAGAAGGUGCCACGACGACCUCCUUCCUGAAAGAUAGCUCAUUAUUGCUGUUGGUGGCCCUGCUGGUUUUGAGUGCCUGGGCCUUGAGACGACGUCUCCGCUGCCAACAAGGCACCAAGGAGGCAAGAGCAGUGCCAUCAAGGGUCGAGGUCAAGGCCCACAGUGGUCGUCGCUUGGCCUUGGAGGCCUUCUCCACCCAGCAGCAGCUGCUCCGUCCCUCCUCACACGUCUUGGGCCAUAGCAAGGCUCGCCUGGGCCGGGUGGCAACCACGGUGGCCAAGGCCGGGAGAGAAGGGGGCCCCUUGAGGAUGGCGCUGCGGGGUGACUGGGUGCUGGGUGGUGCCCACGAACAACCUCGACGUCCUGGCGCCGCCUUCGAGGUGUUGCUGCCUUUGCGCCUCCCGCCAGGAAUCUGCCUCCAAGUGGCUCCCUCCAAGGAGCCCCAAGGGGUCUUUGCCUGCACCCUGGAGGUCUUUCUCAAGGAAGACGGAGCUGGAGUAGAAGCGCUGUGUAUUGAGGGGCCCCAAGGAGUCCCCCACUUGUCCUCGGCACUAACACUGCGCUGGUUCGCAGCACAGCUUAAGCGGAGCCUGCGGGCAGUCCAUUGCAGCCUGCAGGAGCACCUGAGCCUCAAGGCGGGCCCUGGGCGGCCUCCCGUCCUCCGCCUUGGCCCUUGUUCUGACGACUACGUCUGCAGCCACCUCUGCCUUUCCUUACGCCUCACUCCAGCCCUUCCCAUUGGCAAGGGCAUCUUUUUGACCCCAUUGCCAGGUCACCAAGGCACCCUCUGGACACUGGACACCUCCCACCUGGAGCGGCGCCUGUGGGGCUGGGUACGGGAGCGGGCCCCCCAAGACGCCUGCCACCUCCAUUGCCUCCGGAUCCUGGAAGAGCUCCGGGACCUCACUGGGCGCACCUUGGGGCCCCCGCUGCGUGACCAAUGGCACCGGGCCCUCCGCUCUGAGGUUCUUGAGACAGCCCUCUUGCGCCUGUUGCUGCAGCGACGGGGUCCCUGGGGCAGGCAGUGGCUGGAGGACUGCCUGGGGGAGCUGGUGGCUUCCCUGGUGGGUGCCUUGAGGAGGCACAGGAUGACGCACCUCUUCCUGGGCAGUGGUGCUAGCCUGCUCCCCCCGGCCCUGGGCCUGCCCCGGAUGCUCAAGGAGGUUACUUCCAUCAACCUCAACCUCCUGGCUGGCUUCGAGGAGCCCUUCUUGGACUGGGUGGCCCUGCAGCUGUGGGACGCCUGGCAGCAGGCUGAGACCCUCCUGGGCAGGAAUGGCAUCCACCACUGCGAUAACAGGAAGCAUGCCCACUGAAGUCCAGGCCGGGACCCUUGGUGAGGAAGUGACCUCAACCUUGGUGGGCAAGGAUGGAGCAGCAUCGAACCCUUGAGUCAGAAGGGAUCCCCAUAGAGGGCCACCCACUCCAACCACUUUGGCCAUAAAGGAGGACACAGUGAAUGAAGGAAGGAAGGAAUCCUAGAAUCCUAGACUUGGAAAAGACCCCAAGGGCUACCCAGUCCAACCUCCUUCUUUCAGACAUAAUCCAAGCCCCCCCCCCCCGACAGGUGGCCACCCAAUCUCUGCUUGAAAACCCCCAGAGAAGACUAUUCCACUGCUUUACAAGGCAGUGUGUUCUAUUGAACAGUUAUUACCAUCAGAAAGGUCGUCCCAAUGUUCAGUUGGAAUCUCUUUUCCUGCCAUUUGAAUCUAUGGCUCCAUUAUGUCCCAUUCUCCAAAGCAGCAGGCUUCUGUCUUUCUUCUUUUGGAGGUCACUUGGGGCCAAAGUGACAUGCUGUAUGAAGGGUACGACUGACAUAACACUUCUUAUUAUUAUUGUUGUUGUUGUUGUU